AUGUUGGACCCGUCUUCCAGCGAGGAGGAAGGGGAAGAGAUCCUAGAGGUGGAGCACAAAGAGGUGGCGGCCGCGAAGAGCGUUGGAGGAGCCCGGUUAUCACCGGGCCGAGCCUCCGACGGCCACAGCGGAGGGGGGCUCCAGUCCCGGGGCCGAGGGAGCGGCGGCGGUGGCGGAGGCGGAGGCGGCGGCGGCCGACCCUCCAGCCCCAGUCCGUCGGUAGGCAGUGACAAGGAGAAAGAGGACUUGGAAAAGAUGCAGAGAGAGGAGGAGGAGAGGAAGAAGAGACUCCAGCUGUAUGUGUUUGUGAUGCGCUGCAUCGCCUAUCCGUUCAACGCAAAGCAACCUACCGACAUGGCCAGGAGGCAGCAGAAGAUCAGUAAGCAGCAUCUGCAGACAGUCAAAGAGCGAUUCCAGGCAUUCCUCAAUGGAGAAACCCAGAUCGUUGCUGAUGAGGCCUUCAUCAAUGCUGUCCAGAGCUACUACGAGGUCUUCCUGAAGAGUGACCGUGUGUCCCGGAUGGUGCAGAGCGGUGGCUGCUCGGCCAGCGACUCGCGGGAGGUUUUUAAGAAGCACAUAGAGAAGCGGGUGCGCAGUCUGCCUGAGAUUGAUGGUCUGAGCAAAGAGACAGUGCUGAGCUCCUGGAUCGCCAAGUUUGACACCAUCUACCGAGGUGAGGAGGACCUCAGGAAGCACCAGCAGAGAAUGACAGCCAGCGCCGCUUCUGAGCUCAUCUUAAGCAAGGACCAGCUGUACGAGAUGUUCCAGCAGAUCCUGGGCAUCAAGAAGUUUGAGCACCAGCUCCUCUAUAACGCCUGCCAGCUGGACAACCCCGAUGAGCAGGCAGCACAGAUCAGAAGAGAGCUGGAUGGACGAUUGCAAAUGGCAGACCAGAUCGCUCGGCAUGGUGGACGGUUUCCUAGGUUUGCGUCCAGAGAGAUGGAGGCCAUGUUUAUCGAGGAGCUGCGGUCCUCUGUCAACCUGCUGAUGGCCAACCUAGAGAGCAUGCCGGUGUCCAAGGGAGGAGAGUUUAAGCUGCAAAAGCUGAAGCGAGGUCACAACGCCUCCAUCAUGGACAUGGGCCAGGAGGACGAGAACACGCUGUCCAAGUCUGACGUGGUGCUGUCCUUCACCCUGGAGGUGGUCAUCAUGGAGGUCCAGGGUCUGAGGUCGUUGGCUCCAAACAGGAUUGUUUACUGCACUAUGGAGGUGGAGGGAGGACACAAACUGCAGACGGACCAGGCUGAGGCCUCAAAACCCACUUGGGGUACCCAGGGUGACUUCACCACCACCCAGCCACUACCUGCUGUGAAGGUGAAGCUGUUCACUGAGAGCACAGGAGUGUUGGCUUUGGAAGAUAAGGAGCUGGGGAAGGUUGUCCUCCACCCGACUCCCAACAGUCCCAAGCAGUCUGAGCUCCACAAGAUGACUGUGUCCAAAGGCUGUCCAGACAAUGACCUCAGGAUCAAGCUGGCCAUUCGCAUGGACAAACCACAGAACAUGAAGCAUUGUGGGUACCUUUGGGCCAUCGGCAAAAACGUGUGGAAAAGAUGGAAGAAAAGGUUCUUCGUGCUGGUUCAGGUGAGUCAGUACACCUUUGCAAUGUGCAGCUACAGAGAGAAGAAAGCCGAGCCGGUGGAGCUCCUCCAACUUGAGGGCUACACAGUGGACUACACUGACCCCCAACCAGGUCUAGACGGUGGCCGGACCUUCUUCAAUGCUGUAAAAGAGGGCGACACUGUGAUCUUCGCCAGUGACGACGAGCAGGACCGGAUCCUUUGGGUGCAGGCCAUGUACCGAGCAACAGGCCAGUCACACAAGCCGGUUCCACCCACUCAGGUCCAGAAACUCAACUCAAAGGGGGGCACAGCACCGCAGCUCGACGCACCCAUAUCUCAGUUCUAUGCUGACCGAGCCCAGAAACACGGCAUGGACGAGUUUAUUUCAGCCAACCCCUCUAACUUCGACCACGGCUCCCUGUUUGAGAUGGUACAGCGCCUCACAUUGGACCACAGACUCAAUGACUCCUACUCCUGCUUGGGCUGGUUCAGUCCCGGUCAAGUGUUUGUCUUAGAUGAGUACUGUGCACGCUACGGCGUUCGAGGCUGCCAUCGGCAUUUAUGUUACCUGAGCGAUCUGCUGGAGAGGGCGGAGAACGGAGCCAUGAUCGACCCCACCCUGCUGCACUACAGCUUCGCCUUCUGUGCCUCCCAUGUCCAUGGAAACAGGCCUGAUGGUAUUGGCACGGUAACCGUGGAAGAGAAGGAGCACUUUGAGGAGAUCAAGGAGAGGCUACAGGUGCUUCUGGAGAACCAGAUUACACACUUCAGGUACUGCUUUCCAUUUGGACGGCCAGAAGGAGCGCUUAAAGCAACUCUGUCGUUGCUUGAAAGGGUCCUGAUGAAAGAUAUCGUUACGUCGGUUCCACAAGAAGAAGUCAAGACUGUAAUCCGUAAGUGUCUGGAGCAGGCAGCUCUGGUCAACUACCAACGCCUGUCGGAAUACGCCAAACUGGAAGAGAAUGUAGGACGGUUAGUCACCCCUGCUAAAAAACUGGAGGACAAUAUUCGCCUGGCCGAGCUGGUCAUUGAGGUGCUUCAGCAGAAUGAGGAACACCAUGCUGAGGCCUUUGCGUGGUGGUCAGACCUGAUGGUGGAGCAUGCCGAAACCUUCCUGUGUCUCUACUCGGCCGACAUGGACGCAGCUCUUGAGGUUCAGCCGCCUGACAGCUGGGACAGUUUCCCCCUCUUCCAGCUGCUUAACGACUUCCUGAGAAUGGACUAUAACCUGUGUAAUGGGAAGUUCCACAGACACCUGCAGGACCUCUACGCCCCCCUGGUGGUGCGAUAUGUGGACCUGAUGGAGUCCUCCAUCGCACAGUCCAUUCACAGAGGCUUUGAAAGGGAAUCCUGGGAACCUGUCAAGAGGAUAACAAGCACCCUGCCCAAUGUCAACCUCCAAAUGCCCAAAGUACCAAAUCUAACAGUGCCCAGUGUUAACCUCCCACAAAUACCCAGCUUCUCUGCACCCAACUGGAUGGCAGCUAAUUCUGAUCAUGGUUCGGGGACGUCAGAGGAUCUCUUCUGGAAGCUGGAUGCUCUGCAGACCUUCAUCAGAGAUCUCCACUGGCCAGAGGAGGAGUUUGGCAAACACCUGGAGACCCGACUGAAGCUGAUGUCCAGUGACAUGAUUGAAUCAUGUGUAAAACGGACACGGGCAGCGUUUGAGGCCAAGCUUCAGAAGAGCAGCCGGUCCACAGACUUCCGUGUGCCACAGUCCAUCUGCACCAUGUUCAAUGUCAUGGUGGAUGCCAAGGCCCAGUCAGCCAAGCUGUGUACUGUGGACCUGGGGCAGGAGUUUGUAAGAUACUGGAGACAAUAUCAUUCCCAAAUUGAUGAUCUAAUUGAAGAGACGGUGAAGGAGAUGAUUACACUGAUAGUAGCUAAGUUUGUGGUCAUCCUAGAGAGUGUGUUAGCCAAGCUCUCCAGAUAUGAUGAGGGAACACUCUUCUCUUCCUUCCUAUCUUUCACAGUGAAAGCUGCCUCCAAGUAUGUGGAUGUACCUAAGCCAGGGAUGGACAUCGCCGACGGUUACGUGACGUUUGUCCGCCACUCCCAGGACAUGCUGCGGGAGAAGGUCAACGAGGAGGUGUACAUCGAGAGAUUAUUUGAUCAAUGGUACACCAGCACUAUGAACCUCCUGGGAACAUGGCUGACUGACCGAAUGGACCUGCAGCUCCACCUUUAUCAGCUGAAGAUUCUCAUCCGGGUUGUCAAGAAAAAGUACCGUGACUUCCGCCUACAAGGGGUUCUGGACUCUACGUUGAACAGUAAGAUGUAUGAGACGGUGAGAAACCGGCUGACAUUGGAAGAAGCCACAGCCUCAGUGAGGGAAGGAGGGAUGCAAGGCAUUUCCAUGAGGGACAGUGAUGAAGAUGACGAUAACUAGAUCAAAGGGCCGGAAAACUACAAGAAUGUUGAAGCGCUAUACUGCCUGAGAACCCAUGCAGCCUUUCCGAGAGGUCAAAAGAGAUUGACCUAACAUUCAACUUUAUCCCUCCAUUAUCUGCUGUUUUCACUCCUGUUAUAGUGCCACAUUUCUGUCUGAAUUGAUCCAAGAAGAAAACACAUGUGUGUCAGUUAACACUUUCAAUACGCACGGUGGUCCUAUCCAUGCUAUUCAAAAAGAAAAUUGUGAACUCCAUGCAAAAUAAGUUAAAUUAAUUAAGAUGUUAAAGACAGGAAGGCGAUUGCAUCCAUAUGGAGUUAAUCUUUCCAAGGCAUGCAACAUAUGAUGGGAGUUUGGGAGCUUUCCUGUUACACACAUAGAGCACCCUCUUUACUUCUGAAUAGCUCAUUCAAAUAACCGAGGAGAUUUCAAGUGAAAUCGUGAAAUCUGUUUUUUUAAGCCUGCCAACAAAUGCAUGAUGAACAUUGUUGAAGUCGUAUUGUGAUUGGUCCAAAUGGCACUAAAGCCGAUUGUUACAAACGGAGUUAGAACAUUUCAAAAAUUACCCCAGAAUGUUCUCAAGCAAUAUGGUUGACUAUUUUGUUCUCACCGCAACUGAGCAAGGCUAUACAUUUCUUUGUGUUAUGCUAAAUGUGAAGUUACUGGUUGUAAAAGGUGCGAAUAUGGUCUCAAAUUACUUUUUUUGUGAAAUGGUUUGCAUCAUGUCUAAAAAAGCUCAACAGAAUGUUUCAAAUGAUGUGCUGUGAUAUGAUGUAACCGUUUUUGUAUGUUAGCCAUGUUUCUCUAACAGUCACAACAAAUGUCGGACAGCAAAAGAAAUCCAAGGCAUCUUCAAGAAUUGAGUAAUUUUAGUGAAAUAGUGACAGUGACAAAAAGUGAGAAGAUCGAUGUUUACAUCUCAAGGAGGCGUUGUGUCAUCUUGAGAAGUCCCAUUCUUUGCUCUCCAACCUGGGCGUGUGAGUAGAUCUUACGGAUUGUCAUCUCUGAGCUCUAACCUCUUUGAAUCAGCCUAAUACAAUCUAAAUGAGUCUAGAUGUUAGCAUGUGUGUAGCAUAGUUGAGAGUUUCACCCAGAACACUUUGGUAGUUUGUCAGUAGUUCCUCUUUAUGAACAGAUUAUGGCAGAUGAAGCCUGAAUCUGUCGGCAACGGGACAAUAUGUUGGUAUUGGAACUAUUCUGGUUACCGUUUGUUGUACGUUUGUACAUUUCCAAAUAGUAAUGACCAAUCACAUUUGAGCAGGCAUUGGUUCAGGUAAACAGCCUGUGUGGAGAGCAAAAGAGGCAGAGUGCAUUGACUAAAGCAAUCUGGGAACCCACAGACUAUUGUCUGAUGAUGGUUUAGCUUUUUAUUGGUUUAAUACUCGCCUGUAAAUUAGUUGCUGGUGAAACUAUCUGGUCGUCGUCAUCGCUUGUCUCCAACUCCAGUUGAUGUUGAUUGGACUGAAAGCAAAUGUCCAGUGUGAGAGGAGAUCUUGGUGUAGCUAUCUGCACCAGAACCCUGGAAAUAUAGUCAGACCGAUAGCUGAUGGCCUUAAAGAUUGGUCAGUACUUUUCUGCGGGCUAAACCGUGUUAGUUCAGGGAGUGUCUUUGGUAUAGAAAACACAAAUAAGAAUAUCAGAGCUGGAAGAGGCACUUGUGUCAUUACAAUAUGUUGUUUGUGAAUGUUACUGUUUACCAGCAAGUUACAGCAACACAGGAAAAAAAGUGUUUGAUUGGAUGAUGAAUGAUCGGAUAUGAUGGAUCCAAUGUCGGGUUGCUCCCUGGAAACACGUGACAUCUCAAGCUGUCUUUGUUACUGCUCUUGAUCUUCUGCUCUGAUUUACAUGACAUGGAUUCUUCAAAAGUUGAUACGCAGUAUCGAGGUAGUGCAGCAGCAGCUAACACUCAGACAGGAUGAUACGAAGACAGUCUACCAGGCCUCCACCACCUGACACAACCACGUUGUUUGAGGUAAAUACACUGAGUUGCAAGGCCAUCAGGUCAGUAAAAUAAUGAGGAAGUCAUCCUCUGGAGAGCAGAAUUGACCAGAGCAAAUAUCUUGGAUUAGUCCAGAGUGUGGGGUCGAUGAAGCAGCACUGGCUGUGGGAUAUGGUCAACCAUAGCAGGGCCAAACCUUCUUUUUAUUCAAAAUAACACCAACGUAAUUAACCUGACUAUGUCAAUAAUAAUCUGAUUAAUUAACACACAAGUACGUAAGAAAUUGGUUUGAAACAAUCAACUGAAAGAAACGCAUGCUUUUAUUAACAGGUAAACAAAUUAAGAUUACGUGCACGAGGGAAAUUGUGCACGCUACAUCCAGGGAUGGCAGAUUUUAUGAAUAAGUGAAAAAUAGGUAACGUAUGUAUAGGAAAUUGUUUUUUGUUUUAUGCAGUGAAAUUGAAAGCGAAGAUUUAAAAUUAACGAGAUUACAAUGCUAUCUGAAGGCUUCAAUAUGAUCACUUAUGGCCUGCGACGUAUACAGGACUGUCUCAGAAAAUUAGAAUAUUGUGAUAAAGUUCUUUAUUUUCUGUAAUGCAAUUAAAAAAACAAAAAUGUCAUGCAUUCUGGAUUCAUUACAAAUCAACUGAAAUAUUGCAAGCCUUUUAUUCUUUUAAUAUUGCUGAUUAUGGCUUACAGCUUAAGAAAACUCUAAAAUCCUAUCUCAUAAAAUUUUAAUAUUUCCUCAGACCAAGUAAAAAAAAAGAUUUAUAACAGCUGAGUGUUUGUCAAGGCUCAGGAAACCCUUGCAGGUGUUUCGAGUUAAUUAGACAAUUCAAGUGAUUUGUUUAAUACCCUACUAGUAUACUUUUUCAUGAUAUUCUAAUAUUUAGAGAUAGGAUAUUUGAGUUUUCUUAAGCUGUAAGCCAUAAUCAGCAAUAUUAAAAGAAUAAAAGGCUUGCAAUAUUUCAGUUGAUUUGUAAUGAAUCCAGAAUGCAUGACAUUUUUGUUUAUUUAAUUGCAUUACAGAAAAUAAAGAACUUCAUCACAAUAUUCUAAUUUUCUGAGACAGUCCUGUACAUACUACUCUAACAAUUGUUAUUGUAAAUGCCAAUAGUUCUUCCAUUCGAGAGUGAGAAAACUGUAUGAAUCCUUGAUAUAGAAGGUAAUAAUGUGUUACUAACAAUCUGUGUCAAACUGCCUGCAUAUAAAUAUAUCAGUGGCCAUACAGGCCUUGUUGUUGAAGUAGACCCGAACUGUGUGGUCUCACUUCUGCAAAUGUUUUCCACAUCAAUCUAAAACCUCUGACAUCUCCCUGUCUUUAUUUUCUUUAAUAGAUAAGUUAGCAAGGCAAUACACAAAGUUUGGUUUUAUUACACUGAUGGAUUGUUUUCAACCUUCUUUUCUUUCAAAUGCUCUAUUUUAGUCAAAUAUAGGUGUAAUAAUAGUUUAUUUGCCAUCUGUUUUCGUAUGUGCUCGGCACUUCACUGCAGGAUGUAUGAUGGGGCUAGUCCACAUUUUAUAGUGGAUGCUGGGAAGUAACGUGUUCCUCUUUCCCUCCUGUCCUUCCUGUACAUCUAGAGCUGUGUGUCACCUUGUGUGCAAUUACUGCAUGUCUCUCCAGUGUUGUUGCUCCUUGUGUGACGUUACCAGUGGGUUCAACAUGCUUCUGACUUCUAGGAGAACCCACCAAGGCCAAGAAUAUUUCAAUAAAGGUGAAUGCAAAUGUGGAAA